AUGCCCAAACUGAAUGCUUCCCGUAUAGAAGCAUUUAGAAACUGUGUGGAAAGUUCUUCAUUUUGUUUCUGUUUGACAGCCUCCGAGCAAAUCUCUGAAUAUUUAAUUGGAAUUGAUGAGCCUGUGCGAUUGGCAGCUGAUCUCGAAAGAAAGCCGUCGUAUGGUUUCGAUAGCUGCGUGAAGUGCGAUGAACCGGCGGCGAUUCUUCUAUUUUACUAUGCGUACUCUACAUGGGAAGGACAAUAUAUCCAUAUGGAGGAUAUCUACGUGCGUCCACAAUUUCGUCGUAAAGGCUACGGUCGACUGCUAUGGCGAGAAUUGGGAGUGUUGGCCAAGGAGCUGCAUAUGGAACGGUGA